AUGGGUAAUAUUGCUGGCGUAGUGGCAAGAAUCAAGGAAGUUUCAAAAAAAUGCACGAGUAGUCAUUGUGUCUUGCAUAGACAUUCUCUAGCAACAAAAAAAGUACCAGUUGUAUUAAAGCAAGUGCUAGACAACGCAGUUAAAAUUAUUAACUAUAUUAAGACACGACCUUUGCAAUCUAGACUACUUAAAAUAUUGUGUGAAGACAUGGGAGCUGUACACAAGUCAUUAUUAUUACACACAGAAGAUGCUCAAGAAUCGAUUCAAAAAAACUGCGAAUGGAUUAUAAAUCCAUUUUCAGUGACAUCAAAACCAGCAGCUCUUAAUGCGGCAGAAUAUGAGGUUUUUAUUGACAUGGUUUCGGAGAGUCACAAUCAGACGUCAUUUAAAAACAAACCAAUAUCUGAAUUUUGGGCUCAGUUAGGGGAAGAUUUUUCAGUAUUGAGAUCAAAAGCUAAAUUGCUCUUAUUGCCUUUUGGUACGACGUAUCUUUGUGAAAUGGCUUUUUCGAGGUACACUGCUACCAAAACAAAAUAUCGAGCACGUUUAAAUGCAGAAGACGAUAUGCAUCUCCAAUUAACUUCUGUGACACCGGACAUUGACAAACUUAGUCGCAAAAAGCAGGCACACUGUUCACAUUAA